ACGGCGAUGUCGGUGGAUUGCCUGGGACAGCGCGCGGUGCUCUCGGGCCGCCGGUUCCUCUACAUAGUCAACCUGGACGCACCAAAUGAAGGUCAUCGGAAGAUCUCCCGGCAGAGCAAGUGGGACAUCGGGGCAGUGCAGUGGAACCCCCACGACAGCUACGCCUACUACUUUGCAGCUUCAAGCAAUCAACGGGUUGACCUGUACAAGUGGAAGGAAGGGAAUGGGGAAGUUUGCACAUCACUGCAAGGACACACACGUGUGAUCAGUGACUUGGACUGGGCAGUCUUUGAGCCAGACCUGCUGGUCACCAGUUCUGUUGACACAUACAUCUACAUUUGGGACAUCAAAGACACCAGGAAGCCUACAGUCUCCCUCUCUGCAGUCGCUGGAGCUUCCCAGGUCAAAUGGAAUAAGAAAAAUGCCAACUGUUUAGCAACAAGCCACGAUGGGGAUGUCCGAAUAUGGGACAAACGGAAACCCAGCACUGCAGUAGAGUACUUGGCAGCUCAUCUCUCCAAAAUCCACGGUCUGGACUGGCAUCCAGACAACGAGUAUACACUGGCCACUUCCAGCCAGGACAACUCUGUCAGGUUCUGGGAUUACCGUCAGCCUCGGAAAUACCUCAAUAUUCUUCCCUGCCAGGUUCCUGUCUGGAAGGCAAGAUACACGCCUUUCAGCAACGGGCUGGUGACAGUGAUGGUCCCUCAGCUCCGCCGGGAGAACAGUCUUCUCCUCUGGAAUGUCUUUGACUUGAACACCCCUGUCCACACUUUUGUGGGGCAUGAUGACGUAGUGCUGGAGUUCCAGUGGAGGAAGCAGAAAGAAGGUUCCAAAGACUACCAGCUGGUCACAUGGUCCCGGGACCAGACUCUGCGGAUGUGGCGGAUUGACUCUCAGCUGCAGAGGCUCUGUGCUAACGAUAUCCUGGAUGGAGUCGAGGACCUCAUCGAUGGGAUUUCUCAUCUGCCGGAGCCAGACAAGACCCUUCACCCCCAGGACUCGGACCCCCAGCAUAAUUCUGGGCACGGGGAUGAGGAAGCCUUGAAAGAAGAUUUCCUAAAUGACCCGUUGGUGGGAAAGAAAACAGAUCAACUGGGGCUGCCCCAAACACUGCAGCAGGAGUUUUCUCUGAUCAACGUCCAGAUCCGAAAUGUCAACGUGGAGAUGGACGCGGUGAGUCGCAGCUGUACGGUAUCGGUGCACUGUGGCAACCACAGAGUGAGGAUGCUGGUGAUGUUCCCCGUCCAGUACCCCAAUAAUGCUGCACCAUCCUUCCAGUUCAUCAACCCGACCUCCAUCACUGCCUCCAUGAAGGCAAAGCUGCUGAAGAUAUUGAAAGACACUUCUCUGCAGAAAGUGAAGCGGAACCAGAGCUGCCUGGAGCCCUGCCUGCGUCAGCUGGUCUCCUGGCUGGAGUCUGUUGUGAACCAAGAGGACAGCACGUCCAGCAAUCCCUAUGCUCUGUCCAACUCUGUGACACCCCCCUUGCCCACCUUUGCCCGGGUCUCCAACGCCUAUGGCUCCUACCAGGACUCCAACAUCCCAUUUCCACGAACCUCAGGAGCCAGGUUCUGUGGUGCAGGGUACCUGGUGUAUUUUACAAGACCCAUGACCAUGCACCGUGCAGUGUCCCCGACGGAGCCCACACCCAGGUCCCUGUCAGCUUUGUCAGCAUACCACAGUGGCCUCAUUACUCCCAUGAAGAUCCGCACGGAGACUCCAGGCAACCUGCGCCUGUACAGCGGGAGUCCGACGCGCAGCGAGAAGGAGCAGGUCUCCAUUAGCUCCUUCUACUACAAAGAGAGGAAAUCAAGGAGGUGGAAAAGCAAACGAGAAGGGACAGAUGCCAACAACCGACCCAUCAAAGCCGCCGGGAAGGUUAUUAUCCAAGAUAUUUCCUGCUUGCUGCCUGUCCACAAGCUGCUGGGAGAGCUCUACAUACUGAAUGUGAAUAACAUCCAGGAGACAUGCCAGAAGAAUGCUGCCUCAGCCUUGGCCGUGGGCCGGAGGGAUCUCGUACAG